AUGAUCGGUAGCGAUAGAUACGCCCGGCGGUACUUCAAGCAGCGGGUCGGGCAUGGUAGGCCACUGCCGAACCCCUCACCGUCAAGUCGACCCACCGCCUCAUCUGUCGUGUUAGAGGUCCAGCUCGGCAUUAGCAUCCCCUCGGAACUCUUCUUCAGAGUGGAAAGGGUAUUUACGCCAGGGAUUCGCAAGACCAUGCCCGCAGGAAGUGGACCAUUCGAGGGCGUUGACGUCGAGCCUACCACCUCGACGCCCCUCCUUGCAUCUACAUCUCAGCGCGCCGUGAACCGUUUUGAAGCUGGCGACCUUGACAAUCCUCGCAAUUGGCCAUCAUGGCGCAAAUGGCUUAUCGUUGCUGUAAUAACGCCGAUAGAUCUGUCGGUAUCCUGGGGUGCGUCCGGUUUCUCACCGGCUUCAGCGAGUUUUCAGGCGGAAUUCGGCCUCUCAGAAAAUGUUGCGACGCUUGGCCUGAGCCUCUACAUCCUAGGCCUGGCCCUAGGCCCAAUGUCCCUUGCGCCGCUGAGUGAGUUCUUUGGGAGAAGCGUGAUAUACAUUGGAUCUUAUGCCGUGUUUCUGGUGCUUCUGGCAGCAACAGCGCUCAUCAAAAGUGUCUGUGGUUUCAUGGUAUUGAGAUUCUUCAGCGGAUUGUUCGCUGCUGUAACCAUCGCCAAUUUCGGCGGGACCAUUGCGGACAUGUGGACGCACCAUGAGACAGGUAUUGCCAUGUCAAUCUACCUAUGGGCGGCCACCUGCGGAAGUCCCUCGGGCUUCUUUGCCAUGUCGUUUGUGGCCGAGCACAAUGGUUGGCGGGAGGUUUUUUGGGCCUUGCUAGGAAUCUGUGGAGGUUUCUGGCUGCUUAUGGCAUUGACUAUUCGCGAAACCAGGCAUACCACUAUUCUUCGGAGAAGAGCAAAAGCAAUUGACCGCAAUGCAGUAGACGAAAGUGGUGGUAUCAAGCCCCCACCUCUCCAACGCAGGUCUGCCCACGAACUGUUCCACGUUGCCUUGACGAGGCCGUUUCGAUUCUUAUUCACUGAAGCCAUUGUCGUAUUUGGGGCACUGUACAAUGGUUACCUCUAUGGCCUCAGUUUUCUUUUCAACGGCGCGUUUCACAUGGUGUUUGGGGAGGGACACGGCUUCAGCACUAUCGGCGUUGGUUGUGCUUUUUUGGGAAUAGCUAUUGGCAUUUCCGUCGGCCCCUUUACCAACCUAUGGCAAGAAAGAUACUACAGAAAAUGCCUCGCCUCCGCGGGCAACGCGGCAGUCCCGGAAGCACGGCUACAACUCAGUAUGGUGGCAGCUGUUGUCUCUUUGUUCUUGUUCGCGUGGACCACGGACGCAAGCAUUCCACCAAUAGUCCCAGUCGUAGCUUCGGGAUUAUGGGGGUGGUCGUUUUAUACCUUGAUUCUGAUGACUUUCCAGUACACAGAGGACGCUUAUAGGGUCUACUCCGCAUCCGCGUUAGCUGGGAUAGGGUUGAUCCGUAACAUCGCUGGUGCAGCCUUUCCUCUGUUCGGUAGGCAUCUGUUCGAGAAGCUGGGGUAUCAGUGGGGGCCUAGCCUACUAGCCUUUCUCAGCGUUGCGUUAAUACCCAUACCUUUUGUGCUCGUCAGGUUUGGAUCUACCCUGAGGAAGAACAGUCCUUGGGCUAGUCAGCAUAUGGAUGAGGAUGCAGAGGACGAGUGA